GGACGUUCUUUCAAUUUGGUAGGUAACUUUUGUCCUUUUCAUGGGUUGGUGGGUAGCACUGAAACCAUCAAAGAGCACAGCUCCAACCGGAGCUCGUAACCUCUUUUCCCCACCAAACUAAAGAGAAAGAAUGGCGAGUGUAUGGACAGCAAUGACGGAGAUGAUCUUGGAGUACACGGGAUUAUCGUCGACGGCGUUCUUCACAAUUGCAGCAAUGAUGGUGGUGACUUACAAAGUGAUUUGUAGUAUGUUCGUCUCUGCCGAUGACUUUGUCCCCGUCAAAAGAGAGCCUCUCCACCUCGGCGACUUGACGGAAGAGGAGCUUAAAGCUUAUAAUGGCUCCGAUUCACAAAAGCCAUUGUUGAUUGCUAUCAGAGGACAGAUCUACGACGUCUCUAGCUCCAAGAUGUUCUAUGGUCCUGGUGGUCCAUAUGCAAUGUUUGCUGGAAGAGAUGCUAGCCGAGCCUUAGCUCAGUUAUCAUUCAAACCUCAGGAUAUUAAUGGGAACCUUGAAGGCCUUAGCGAUGCUGAGCUUGAAAUUCUGCGAGACUGGGAAGAUAAAUUUAUUGAGAAGUAUGCCAGGGUGGGGCAGCUUGCUCCGAAGAAAACACUAACCAAAAAGGAAGAAGAUGAAAAUGCUAGCAGGAUAGAAGUGUUGAAGGCAACGAAAGCGGAUAUGAUGCAGGAGGGUGGAAGUGCUGAAGUAAAUGGAGUACAUAAAGCCGGCCACCUAUGACUGCAGAUCCUAGCUGCUCUACCUGUACAGUAUUUAAUUCAGGACAAAAUGUGAUGUAAGUAGUUCAUGCUUUCUCUGGUGGACCUCCAUUUAAACUAUGUGCUUGUAUGUUUUGCGUAGUUCUAAUGUCUUGAGAUAGUGAAUCAUUUUAAAGAAUUGAUCACCUCAUAUCUAGGAGUUUUAUGAUCCUCUGAAAUAUCGUUACAAUAUUGUCCUGCACAAGUUUUAUUUCCUGGAUCAAACACUACAUUUCCAGCUUUAAA